GUAGGAACUUCUUGGUUAGGGUUCAACCCACCCUAAAGUUCUUACCACAGUGGAUGCUUGGCAGAGAAAACUCCCAGAAUUCACUUCUUAACAAGCCUUGCCCAAGUUCACCUCCUCCAUCCAGCCCUAUGGUAAGAGCUGGGGGACCCAGAUGGAAAUGAGGCCCCUGCCAGCUUCGAGCUCUGUCUGGUAGGCAAGCAGACGUGGGGACAGUGGGACCCAGUGUGAUCAGCACUGUAGCAGAGAUGAUGCUGGGACUGGGGGCCAACACCAAACAGGGGAGGCCCCUUGCCACAAAGGUGUCAAGUGGUACCCUCCAGGAUACAGAAUCAGAUGUUCCCAGGGGAGGAGACGGAUGGUCUAGCGCCUCUAGUGGUUUAGGAUGGCUGAACGUGGGGUAGUGGCUGGAGCGGAGGUCAGCGAGACUCUGCCAUCCUGGGCUUUGAAAGCUGUGUUAAGAUGCGGGGUCUCAUCUGGAGGGUGGGGCAGUCCUGAAGGGUUGUAGGUGGUUGUGUCAGGGUGUCUCCCUAGCAUGUACAAAAGCACCCCAUGUUUCCUUUGGGUAGACUCCCCUCAGUCCUUUUGGUUUAUAUGAGACUGGGCUUGCACCCCCUGCAUACACAUACACCCAGAGCAUGUGACCCAGGUUGGGCUGUUAGGAAUCUUUGGUUGCAAGUGACAGAGCUGUCCUAUAGCUAACUUAGAAAGUGUUAAAGGGAUAUGGAGGGGCUUCCCUGGUGGUGCAGUGGUUAAGAAUCCGCCUACCAAUGCAGGAAACACGGAUUCGAGCCCUGGUCUGGGAACAUCCCACAUGCCGCAGAGCAACUGAGCCUGUGCUCUAGAGCCUGCAAGCUACAACUACUGAGCCCGCGUGCCACAAUUACUGAAGCCCGUGAGCCUAGAGCCCAUGCUCCGCAGCAAGAGAAGCCACCACAAUGAGAAGUUCAUGCACCACAAUGAAAAGUAGCCCACGCUCGCCUCAACUAGAGAAAAGCCCGCGCACAGCAACGAUGACCCAAUGCAGCCAAAAGUUAAUUAAUUAAAAAAAAAAAGAUAUGGAGGAGCUGAGUGGGGAAGAAUCAGAACUGAGGCAGCUCAUCAAGGCACAACCUCCAGAAGCAAUAUGCUACAGCCAUGUUUAUGUCUCUGCACCACUGAGCUCCAGAUCCAAGGAAUCCAAAUGACCAGGCUGGGAACCUGCCCACUGUACAUCGGGGGCAACUAAUGGGGUGAAAUGAGUCCCCCAAUGAAAUCAGGGUGCUCAAAGAAAAGGUAACAUACUGGGUGGCUGAACACAUAUCCCUUCCCCCAUACCUCGAUUGGAUCACCUAUGGGCACUUGGCCAAAAUGAAUCCAGAAAGAACCUAGGGGGUUGCUAGAACUGUUGGGGAAGAAUUGGGGUUCUCAGUUCCUCCGGGGAUGGGUGACUUGUGCCUAGAGCUAUGGGGUCAUCCUCGCCACCAUUUGGCGGCAAAUUUGCUUGAAAAUAAUGCAAACAGAAGAGAACCGAGUGGAGAGAACAGAUAAAUGCCUCAUUCCAUUGCUGGAACACAAUUGUGAUCACAGCUAAAAUCUACCCCUGGACUUCGCAGUUACAUGUGCCAAAUGCCUUUGAGCUCAAGCCUAUUUGUUUUGAGGUUCUGUCACUUGGAACUCAAAAUGCCCCAGCCAACAUGAUGGUGGAGGAUGUUUUAGAAGACCACCCUAAGCAUGGUGGAGAAUUUGGACUGGAAACAAAGAACCCAAUUAAGAGGCUGAUGGACAGUCAGGUUCAGACUCAGCCUAGGUAGCGGGGCCCUCACUAGAGCUCACCUCUGUUCCCUGGGGAUGAGCAGGGUCCAUGAAAGCCAGGGCUAUGGAUCCAGCACUAGGUUUUCCCUGUGCUACUUCUUACUAGACAUGUGAUAGUGUGUGCUGGGAACACAGUGGGAAGGGCCGUGAGUUGGGAGUGGGCUAUGUAUUUGUGAGUUGGAGCCACAUUGGGGUGCCUGCCUGCUCCAGCCCCUGCCCACUGCGUGUGUGCGGUGCCCGUCAGGAUGUGGCCAGGGCCUGGACAUGUGUGCGUUCUCCGGGUGGAGGUAGGUAGGUAGGUAGGUUCGUUCUCCAUCUCAGCUCCUUGGCUGAGCAUCCUGUGUGCUCAGCCGACGACGGUGUGCACCGGGUCUGCUAGCGUCUGCCGGGUCCGGACAGCCUGUUGCCAGGAGCUGUGCGGCGUGGCGUGGGCAUUCCCUGUGCAGGGUGAACCCGGCGCCCUGCCUGCCGAGUCUCGGUGCGGCAGGUGGGUGCCGGGUCCUCAGCCUUUCGCUCCCGGGACAGCAUCCUCGGCGGCGACUGACUGGGGGUGGGGGCCCUCUGCCGGCGGCCGCGCGCGCGCGCACGCCGAGCUCGGUACGCGCCGUGUACGCGCCCGUGCGCGCGCCCCGCGGCUCCAGCCCAGCUCUCGGAGCCGCCUUCGCUGCCACAGUCCGUUCCCUGGGGCCGCCGCCGCCUCCCCCGGGUCGCGGGCUCUGUCCGCGGGGCCCGUGCCGCUCGCCCCGAGCCAGGAGGACGAGCUCGAGGAUGAUGCCUGGGCCCUUUCGCAAGCCCUGGGUUCCUGGCAUUGUGCUGAGGUUGGAUCACAGAGAUGCUGCCUGCAGGUGAGGGUGUCAAGCCAGUACCUUGGCCUCGCUGGAAAUGAGGUUCUGGCCAGCUCCGCGCCUGGCCGACUGUGGCAGCUGGGACAGUUGCCAUCAUCUCUCUCUGGUUUCAGUUCAUUUGUCUUGGUGUGGGAGGAGUGUAAAAAUGUCACCAAUGCCUCCCUAAAAUGGCCUUCCUGCCAGGACAGUGGGCUUUACAGUCCCCUGGAUUUCAUAAGCCCACAGGCUAUGUGGGCCUGUACUGGCCCCAGCUCCCUGCCUGUAGAGUGGGGAUGGCAGCAGCUCCCUCCUCGCUGAGGUAAUGAAUCUAGAGAGGUUAGCAGGGGGCUUGGCACGUGCAGGGCACGCAGGACAGGUGAGCGGUCACCUUUCCUACCCCACCCUCAUUCCACACACCAUACUCUCCUCCUUCUCUCCUCUGUCCCCCGGCCUGAAUGCCUAUUCCUUCACUUGACCAGCAACUCUGGUGUCACAUCCACGGCUUCCCCUUGUGACCCAGAGCCCCUGUUGCCUGGGAUUCCUUCUUUCCACUCCAGAGCCCCUGGUACACAUCGCCACGUAGACUUUUCCUUUUAUUCACAUAGACGUAUGCAUCCUCAGCUUGCUUACAAACCUCCCUGUGAGGGCUGAGAGCUGCUUUCUCAGUGACAUUUUGGUGAAUGGCCAACAUUUCCCAGGAAUGAACUAGAUGCAGACCUAGCUCUUGAGGUAUUCCUUGUCAGACAGCUAAAAGACCAAACAGGUAACUGGACACCUCCAGUUACUCCUUCAACAAGUGGUUUUUGAGCUACCGUAUGCCAGAUGAUCAAGGCAGAUGCAGCCCUCGUGUUGGACACAGGCCACUACAGAACACUGUGAUUGAUAUCGUUGGACUUCUCAUCCAGCCCUGCAGGGUGAGGUAGCUGGAGGCUGACACGUCCAGGGAGGUAACAGGUGAGGCUGAGGAGCACGCGCUGGGGCGAGAGCAGCGAGGCUGUGUAGCAGCUGGGUUCAGGAGCAGGCCAGGGGGAAAUGGACAGUGUGGAGAGUGGUAGGCCAGGCAGAAGCACAGCGUGGAAGUAGAGAGAGUGGUGGCAAGCACGGUAAUGGGGGCCCAGGUGAGAGAUGACAGUGACCUGACCCAGCCAGCUGCGGUGGGGGGACAAAAGGAAGUGGACAGAUGAAGACACACUAUACUGAGGGUUAAAAACAACAGGAUUUGGCAGAUGGUGAAAACGGUGGGCCCUUUGCUGAGAUAAAAGAGCCAGCAGCAGAUCUUUGGGGUCUAAGGUUAGGGGGCCGGGGUUCUCCAUACAGAGGAGUAAUGUGGGAGGUGCCCACAGCAGUGCACCAGGCCCUAGAGUAAGAGAUCUGUGUGACCUUGGGGGUCAUUUAAUCUCUCUGAGCCAAGUGUUCUCAUCUGUCCAAUGGGCAGAAUGCUCACCUAGUUUAUAGGGUGACUGAGAACUCUCUGUGGCAUCCAGCCCGUGGGCACACACCUCUGCACCCCCAGCUCUGAAACUGUGGACAGCAGUGCUCAUGUUUGUUGGGCAUCUCCAAGCCCUUUGUAUGGAUUAGCUCACUCUUCUCCACGGCCACUGACGAGGAAACUGAGACAACAUGUCACCCUCCAGCUCUCACUCCCAUCCCCUGCUGUGCUCCCAGUGAGUGUGUGGCCUAAGAAAACACUACAAAGUGAUAUACUCACAAACUCCACAAAUAAACCAAGAUGGAAUCCUGAAAAACGUCCAAAUAACCCGCAAAAAGGUAAGAAAAGAGAAUAAGGAAACAAACAGAAAACAAAUCAUAAAACGGUAGACUUAAGGAUGAGUCUGGCCAAAGGCUCCGCUCCCAGCACACAGUUGGAGUUGGUAUUUACUAGGGACCAGGCAUGCGUCUGAAGGGGAUGGGGAAGGUGAGUGGCUGUGAGCAAGAGGCAGGGUCUGAGUUUGAAGGGCGCCCCAGACCCGGACAGGAGCAUGCACAGGUGUGAAGGGAUAAAGGAACAGCCCUUUGGAAAGGCUUUGAGAAGCUUGGCUUGGUCAGGAAGAGCACUUGGAAAAGCCUGAAUUAAUUCCUUGACAUUUAUAUAUUGGGCAACUACUGUGGAUUAGAUGAGAUAUUACUGAGCAACUCCUAUGGACCAGCCCUGUGUGGGGGUCAGAGGGCCAGCUCAGCUGUGAGACCUUAAGCAGACUUCCUCUCUCAGACCCACAGAGGCCAAGUCUGUAAAAUUCAGCAAUAGUUCCUGCCUCUCAGCUGGAGUUUAGCUAAAUUAGAAAUAAAAAUACCCACCAAGGCUUGUCUACUGUGUGUCAGGCCUUGUUCUGGGCCCCUUUCACACAGAAUCUUAUGUGAUCUUCAACACUGCCUUCUCACUGGGGGUCAUGCCCAUUUGAUAGAUGAGACAGGCUGAGAGGCGACAGUGGCACCCAGUGGGUCUUGGGUGUGGCCUGUCCCAAUCCUCCUAAUGCCCAGCUAGCUGAGCUGGACCCCUCAGGGCACAGUCCCUGUCCUUUGUUCCUUGUUAACCCUAGAGCUGCCAUUCCAUCUCUCCUUCACCCUGUAGCCUUUCCCACUGUUGGGCUGAGGACUGGUUGCCAGAAGCACCAAGUUUUGGUGGGAAGGAGUAGGAAGGCAUGUUUUGGCUACAGGCUGGCCAGCCUGGCCAGUGUCCCCACGACUGCCAAAUCUCCUGUACUGAGUGCUCACGUGCAUUUAUUUACAUCUCACUCAUCACUUAGGGGAAAGUGUUUCAACACAGACUUUGGAUUCACACUCAGGCUAAAUCCUAGCUCUUCCCCUUAUUAGCUGUGUGACCCAGGGCAAGUCACUUCCUUCUCUAAGACUGUCUCAUCCAUCAAAUGGGCAUGACCCCCAGUGAGAAGGUGGUGUUGAAGAUUGCAUUAGAUUACUCUGCAUGGAAGGGGCCUAGAAUGAGGCUUCACACAGUAGACAAUCCUUGGCAGGUAUUUUUAUUUCUAAUUCCGCUAAACUCCAUCACCUCCAGCCCCAGAAGUGCUUUCCUGACCCAGAGCUGUUCCUACUUUGCAGGCCAAGGAGCCCCCUAGUUAGGGCCAGCUUCCUCAGAGCACUCCUGAAAAUUCCUGUGGGCUCAGGAAAAGGAGAAUAACAGAUUUAAUUAACUCCCAGUGACUGGCAGCAUCGUGUUUUUAUCUGGGCUGCGUCACCAUGGCAGCCUCAUGGUGGGGUUGUCGAGGGGGCGGGUGGAGCUAUUGUUCCUGCCAUUGUGUGUUCUGGAACACAGGCCCAGGAGAAAGGGACUGGCACGGGCACCAAUGGCACAAAGCAGUCACGGAGUCAGAAAGGAGCCAUCUGGGGGAGAAGUGUGGGGUGGCCUGUGUGGCCUGGCUUCCCCCCAGCUUGCUCUCAGACCAGUCUAAGUCAACUUAAUGUGGGGUCCCCAGCUUGGGGCUCAGGCUCACUGUGGCCCCCAGAGCUGAAUGCAUGUGUGCCUUGGUUGGGCAUGCUGAGGAUGGGGGGUCCAUGGGGCUCCUGGAAGAGACCCACAAAGUAGCUCAAGCAGCAGCACUUUCCCACCCCAGGCUAGGGUUUUGUGGCCAGGCUUGGGUUCAAAUUAUGGAACCGUCAACUGCCAUCCACACAGCUAAUUGUGUAAAAUCUGUAAAACAGGAAUAAUUUGUUACCCCAAAGGGUUGUAUGUGAAAGCCCCUGGGUAUAAGGCAGUCAGGAAGGGGUCAUUCCUGUUCUGAGGGGGUGGUGAACAGUCGCCUGUCCCUCCUCAGUUAGGGCUCCCUCCUACAUACCUCUUAGGAUGCAAGGUUCCCCUCUCAACCCUGGCUGUGAAGAGGAAAUGGAACUAGAGGUGCCCAUCUGGAGUGAUGUGGAACCAGGUGGUACCGAUUACUUGAGCUAAUUUUCCUACCCUCUGCAGAGAGGGAAAGGAAUUGGGGGAAGAGACAUGGCGGCCUGGAGCUAGAAGGGCAGGGCCAAGUGGGGCUGCGCAUGGGUAGGAGGCUGAGGAAGCGGAGACGGAGCUGGGAUUCAGCGAGCGGAGGCGCCUAGAGUAAAGGAAAAGAGGGAACGGCCCACGCUCGGCGGCGCGUUGGGCUCAGACAAAGGCUGGUAGCACGCAGUAGCCGCGGGAACCACCCGCCCGAUCGCCCCCUACAAGAGCUGAGACAAGCAGGAAGCCGCGGUGCGGUCCGGAAUGUUACACGCUUUGGACAUCCAGGGUUGGGAGCGGAUACAAGGCCUAGGGCGCCAGGGGCUGCCAGGUGUGUAUGCAUAGGGCUGAAGCUGGGCACCGGCGGGCUGCUUGUGGGGCCUAGGAGGUGGACCACCUUUUCUCCGCCGCAAAACAACUGCGCCAUGGCUCCCCUUCGGCGCCCUGGGAGUCUGCCUAUGGGCCUCUCGAGCCCUUUCGGAGCUGGGGUACCCUGCACCCCGGGGAUGCGGAUGGCGAAUCUCCGUUCGCACUGAGGUCGAACCUGGCAUUCGCGCGCCCCCUGCUGGCCUGCCUGGAGUCACCUCGGCUGGGAGGCGGCGGCGGCCGGGUCUCAGAUACGGGAAAGCCCUACGGGGGAAACCUCUGAGCGUGACGUCAUCCAGGUGACGUCACCGGGCCCCCGCGGAGUGCGGAGGUUCCGUAGAGGAGGCUUCCCCGGGAUUGCGCAGGGCACCGGCGCGGGCAGGGAAGUCGUCCGGGGCUACAGCACGCCUUCACCGCGCCCUGUGUCUGUCCCACAGGUCCCGCGCGGCCCCGGGUGAGGCCCGCCAGCGUGCCUGUCGGCGCCAUGGGAAGGAGCGGGCGCCGCUGCUGCUGCCCCCUGCGUGCGCGCGCACGACUUGAACCCAGCUGCGGGCAGCCCCCGGCCGCGGGUCCCCGAGUGACGCUGGAGGCAUCUGGGAGCUUGGCGCGGGCCCGGGGCCACGUCGAGGAGCCCAUUGUCCAGUGAAACAGCCGAGGACCCGCCGCCCGCGCCGCCGCCAUGGUUAUGUCCCAGGGCACCUACACGUUCCUCACGUGCUUUGCCGGUUUCUGGCUCAUCUGGGGUCUCAUCGUCCUACUCUGCUGCUUCUGCAGCUUCCUGCGCCGCCGCCUCAAACGGCGCCAGGAGGAGCGGCUGCGUGAGCAGAAUCUGCGCGCGCUUGAGCUGGAGCCCCUUGAGCUCGAGGGCAGCCAGGCCGGGAGCCCCCCCGGCCUGGCGCCCCCGCCACCACCUCACCGCGGCCGUCUCGAGGCGCCGGCGCAUGCCCACCAGCACGUGCACGUGCACCCGAUGCUGCACCACGGGCCCGCGCAGCCGCACGCGCACCCGCACGCACACCACCACGCGCUUCCGCACCCACCGCCGCAGCACCUAUCAGUACCGCCGCGGCCGUGGAGCUACCCGCGCCAAGCGGAAUCGGACACGUCCAAGCCACCGUGCUACGAAGAGGCGGUGCUGAUGGCCGAGCCGCCGCCGCCCUACAGCGAGGUGCUCACGGACACGCGCGGCCUGUAUCGGAAGAUUGUCACGCCCUUUCUGAGCCGCCGCGACAGCGCGGAGAAACAGGAGCAGCCGCCGCCCAGCUACAAGCCGCUCUUCCUGGACCGGGGCUACACGUCGGCGCUGCACCUGCCCAGUGCCCCGCGGCCCGCGCCGCCCUGCCCUGCGCUCUGCCUGCAGGCGGACCGCAGCCGUCGGGUCUUCCCCAGCUGGACCGAUUCAGAGCUCAGCAGCCGAGAGCCACUGGAGCACGGAGCUUGGCGCCUGCCGGUCUCCAUCCCCUUGUUCGGGAGGACUACAGCCGUAUAGAGGGCGCCCGGCCUCCCGGGCCCCACCCGCGGACUCCUGGCCUGAUUGCGGGGCUUUUUAAACGCUUCCCUUGGACUGCGGAGGUGGGGGUGGGGGGCGGGGCGGGAGGGAGGGAUUUCUUACCCCGUUUGUUACAUUUUGAGGAUAAUAAAGGUGUGUGAUCUGGUUUGGUACAA